GCCGUUUCCAGACGCAUCCGUUUCGAUUCUCAGCAGCGGCUUUUUUCGAUUUAACAGCAAUGCAGGGCGUGGCGGGUGUGCUUGUAGAGCUGACGCAGGAGGUGCAGGAAUUGGAGGAGUCUAUAACGAACAAGGUUCAUCAACUUAUAGCGGGGAUGUCUGCGGUAGAGCACGUGCAGGAAGCGGAGCAGCAUCUGCAGAGACUGGAGGAGAGUGUGGAGGGAAUCAGGGGUCUUGUGGAAGGCGUGCGAAUGAAAAUGACGGAAGUCGGGGGUAGCAGGGAGUUGAUUCUCGUGACUCAGGAGACCGUGCUGUGCCAGCAGCAUCAGCAGGAGCAGCAGCAGCAGCAGCAACAAGUGCUGCAGUGGCAUCCAGAGGAUCAGCUGCAGGAACCGCAGCAGCGGCUACUGAAGAAGCUGGAAUGCCGAGACUGUCAUAGGCAGAUUUCAAGAGGGAGUUCUGGAGAGUCGUUUUUAGGCACGAAGAGACGGAUGAGGGAGAUGGACGCGCAGCUCCAGCAGCAAGUCGUCAAGGUUCAGAGGAUAGAAAAGGGCUUGCAAUCCCUAGCCACCUUCCACAGCACGCACCUCAUCAAGGGCUUCACCACUCUGGACCUCUCUCUCACAGGGAUCACCACUCUAGACCUGCGCCACUGCACGCGCAUCACAUGCCGGUCCAUGUACCACAUUCGCCAGCUGCAGCACCUAGACUCGCUCAACCUUGCCUGGGUGGCCACCUGUGCAGCCAAUUCUGCAGCCAACUUUGCAGCCAACAUUGCUGCUGAUUCUGCACCUGGAGACAGGUAA